AUGGGUAAUGCACCAGCGAAGGAAGCACGCUCUCCAUCAGGAUCCUUUUCAAAAGACAACGUUGUGUCGUCCAAGUCUUUCGUCGGGUUGUCUAAAAGAAAGAAAGAAAGAGAUAGGGAGAAACGAAGGCAGAAGGAACAGCAUAUGCUGGAUCUCAUAGUCCGCUAUCAGGAGAACGUAGACGGAGGCUACCUAGCGCCAUAUGGAAACUAUAAAGAUGGUCUGAACUACAAAACAGACGUUGUUCGAGAAUUGAUAAUUGAGAGAAAAUUGGCUCCAUUUUAUACACCAUUGGAAGAUUUUGACGAAAGCUGGACGGACGGCGAACUUCUCAGCCGUCUCAAGCGCCUUAACUUACAUGCCCCAACAACUGAGUUGCUUUUAGAUGAAGAUGAAGAUCCAGAUGAUCAUAAAAUACACCAAAGUGCUAGUUCCAUGCGAAGAAAAGAACACAAGGCAUUCAAGCGUCAUCUUUCCGAGAUGUCGAUAAAGUUUCAGCGAGAUGCAGAGUCUCGUUUCAGUAGAGACAGAUCAGUGAGUGAGAGCGGGAUCAAAACUUAUCCAAACAUUCCCUCAGACGACCUUCUUUUGACGCUAUACCGGAAUGCUAUCGAAUGUCCAAUAUGCUUUCUUUAUUACCCUCCCAACCUUAAUCUGUCGCGAUGUUGUGUUCAACCAAUAUGUACCGAAUGUUUUGUUCAACUGAAACGUUUGGACCCACAUCCGCCUCACGACGAGGGAGUUGCUCCUAAUGCUUCCACGGAACCGGAGAAAUUAGCUGAUGAGCUUAUUAGCGAGCCCGUGAACUGUCCUUUCUGUGCGAUGUCUGAUUUUGGUGUAACGUACUCACCACCUAACCUAUGGACUGGUAUUGGUGGAAGACCACCAAGAGACUUCAACCUUAUACCGCAAGUGAUUCACGAAGAUCCGAACACGCCUCAGGGUGGUAGUCGCUCUUCCGACUGUCAAAGGAAAGCUUCUCUUAGCUAUGCAAUGACAAAGUCACAUUCUGCAUCAGGCACUCCACCCAAAAAGUCUACCUGUUUAUCGGAAUAUAGGACGAACCAAGGUCAAAAGAGUUUUGAGGACUCCGGAUCCAUGAAGUCUAAGAAUAGUGAUGACGGUUUUCAUAUUAAAAACGCCGAAGGCUCCGACCCUGCACGGAGAAGAAGAGGUUCUCUGCCUGCGAAGGCGCCUGGAGUAAUUACAGUGGACCUCAUCCAUCCUGAUUGGGAACAAAAAUUACUGAAUGCGAAGUCGAAACUUGCAAGAAGAUCUGCUGCUGCUACUGCUUUGCAUGCGUCGUCUUUGAUAUAUGACCGAGAUGACUCUCACCACACAUAUACGAGCAGGUUCGAAAGUUCGUACCGGAGAAGCGACAGUUCAAAUGGGAAUGAUCACAAUAAUCAUACAAGUAUUGAGGAGCGAAUGAUAGAAGAAGCUCUCAAAUUGUCAUUGCUUGACGAAGAAGAAAGAAAACUGAAGGAGCGUUUGAAGAGAUAA